GUAUUUUGUUCGAAUAAAGUGAAAAUUAUCGUGUGUGGAAAGUUUUGGAAUCCUGGCGAAAGGGGGUGUUAUGUAAAUUGCGAAUUGAGUGCGAUAUCUCGGCAAUGGGCCAUGGGAAGUGAAGGUGAUACAUUUGGUGGAUUUGUACUGGCAAUGGAUUGGUGGAGACAGUGACUGGCAAGGUGAAGAAGUGUGCUUAUUGAGAACAAUUUGAAUAUCGCACAAUCCCAUUACCGGUGUGCGUAGAAGGGGGUCGGAUCAAAGGCGGUCCCGUCGAUAGACCCCAAUCGAACAGCAGCACACCCCGGCAACUAACAACCGGGCAGGAGGAUGACGACGGUAAAAAGCACGCCGCCGGUGGAAUCGAAACCACCCGGCAAGUCACCGCUGUCGUCGUCGUCGUCUUCGACCUCAUCGUCGGACUCGGACGAUGGGUCUGACUCGUCGUCCGAUUCCGAUUCGUCGUCGGCGGCAUCGACGAGCAAGACCAGCAGCAAGCAGAGCACCGACAAAAAGGACCCGCCGCAACAACACCAGCAACAGCAGUUCAGUGUUAUGAGCUCGGAUAGCGCCGGUUUGCGAAUGAAAAUUGCCAUCCCGCGGAGCAAUCAAUCCAACUCCACAGCCACCCCCUCUCCAUCAGGAGGCCGGCCAAGUUCAUCCGCCAGUGACGUGCUGAACCGGGUUGCAUCGGUCCCCACCAACCCUACCGCAGUUCCUGGAAGCCCAGCUCCAACAUCGACGCCUGUCAGCGAGGGUUCCAAGUCUGUGCAGCAAACCGAGACGCCGUCGCCAUUGAAAACCAAAACUAGGAAGAAUAGCAAAAGCGAAUCUAGCUCGGAGACAUCGUCGUACUUUUCGAACAUGAGCGACACCGACAGUGACAGCACUAGUUCGGACAACCAAAACAGCGGAGGCAAGCCGGGCAACAGCUCAUCCGGAAGUGGACAAAAGAAGCAGAAGUUCAUAAAACGGAAAAAGAACAAUCAAAGCGUUUCAACGAGUAGCAGCAGCGAUGGGAGUGACGAUUCCAGCGAUUCAGACUCCAGCAGCGAUGAGCACGCAAACGACAGCAAAGACCAGAGUCAGGAAUCGCGAACACCAGCCGGCACAAAUUCAACGCCGUUUGCUACAUCUACUCCGGCAAAGUCUCCCCCAUCAGCAGCAACGCCUGUUCCGCGAAUGGCAUCAUCUGGUGCGAACCCAGAUGCGGACGUGGGUUCAUCUUCAGACAACGAGCUGCCUGCAUUGGUCAAUGCAGCAAUCAUGAGGGUCGCAGAGAGUGGAUCGGACAAUGACAGCGUUCGCGGGACACCGUCGGCCAUUCCACAGUACACCUCCAGUCUGCUACAGGAGUUCGUUGCCAAAACGGCGAUGCUAGGCAGUGAUGGGCACUCUACUGAAAGAUCCUCUACGAACCAGUCGGGCUCUCACCACAAAAUCAAGUCUGAAUCUCCUUUACCAAACACUGGUGCUCAAUCGGUAGCAUCGGGUAGCAGUUCUGUUAACGGUGUCACCUCAAAACCCGAUUCAGCGGCAGUUAUCUUGCCGAUUAAGCGACGCGGUCGGCCUCCUAAAGCAGCUGCCAAUCCGGUUGCUGCAGCUGCUGCCGCUACCAAAGCGAAUACUCCUACGGUUAGUGAAUCUCCUGAUUCGGGAAUCCUGUCGACACAUAGUUCAACGGGCUCUCCCAAAACAGAGAAAAAAUCUGCGCCAUCCGCAGCACAAAAGCGACGGCCCGAACCAGAGCCGAGUAGUAGCGGAAUGAGCAGCAAACCUCCAGCAACUGCACCACUCACCAAGUACACUCUCUCCAGUCUGGAUCGUAAUACGUAUGCUACGGAGAGGGUACUGUAUCCUCCGCGUGGUAAGAAGAAAACUGGGCGACCAGCAAAGGAAAAACUAAUACCACCACCUCCCGUCGAAGAUAACUUGGAUCCACUCUGGAAGGAAAUCGACAUUAGCAAGAAGUUCCAUGAACCUCGGCUAAGCGGCUACAAAAGCGACGGUGGACACUCUACCAUCUGUUGCAGCAAACGAUUGGCCUCACAGAGCGGCUACAUUAGUGACUACGGUGGAGGAAGCAGUCAUCGGCGAAAUCGUCUUUCGGGGUACAAAUCCGACUGUAGCACAAAGUCUCGAAAGAGUUGUGGCUAUAAAAGUGAUUAUAGUGUCAAAGCUAAGAGCUGCGGCUACCGGAGUGAUUGCAGUACAAGGCACCGGAAGCAGGUUCGACGGAAACGACGAAAGAAGUUAGCGCCGAAUAACAAUAACCUGAACAACAAGAAUUUUAACCAGAGCAGUAAAUCUUCGAGUGUUAGUGAACAAGACAUUCUACAGCUGGCGGGACUUACUCUCGGAAGUACCAGCGAGGAUAGCAGCAGCAGUCAGGAGUCGUUGUCUUCGAUUAAUACUACAACCCCUUUUAGUAAAGCACUAAAAAUCUCCCAGGACAAAAUAACUACCAAUAAAAGUAGCAUUCCAUCUCUCCUUACUCCGACUAACCGUGUUAAUGCUUUGCUUCCAAUUAAUAACUUUCGCGGAAUAUUCUCGUCGAUCAGUAAGUUCGGUAAUCUCGAUACUUUUGGAUCGAGUAUUGGUCCCAAGAAUACAUUUGCCACUUUCCUGAGAAACAACCGCAACAAAGACAAUGGCAAGACUCCAGUUAGGAAGCUGCCACUCUCUAAAGCAAACGUGAUUAAGAACUCCGAAGAAUGUAGCAAGCGAUUCCAGCGGUCAACCAGCCAAGACCUCCUCACCAGAAUCACCAACGCAGACGUUCCGAAACCAUCGCCGGCUAAAUCAGUUUGCUCGAAGCGCAGUAGACGAAAGAGUUGCCACAGCGAUAAACUGGAUACCGUCUCGGUGAAAAGCUGCGGAACUAUUCGACAAAGGCGGCUCAGCACGAUGAGUCGAUGUAGCAGCAGAUCAGCUGGGUCGAGGCAUCCUUGGAAGAAGAAAAAACGGAAGCGGCUGCGUUCCAACUCUGUGGCAGGAAAGUCCUCUGCCGACGUUAAACUGGGAGUGGAGAUUGAGCGGUUGAGCGAAUCGUUUGGCAAUCAAUGUCGAAUCAACUUCAAAGAUGGAGUUCUGGGCAUCGGAGCUGCUGCAUUGGCAGGUGCUGCGGCGAAAAAUCAACAGAAGGGACGGUCGAUGAAGAAACGGAAGGCUUCGGAGCACGUUGAAUCACCGUCAACGGCUGCUGUUGGCACCAAGCGAAGGAACAAGAAAUCAGUUCCAACACAAAGUCCAGACGAUCAUAAACUACCGUUGAAGAAGCGCCACUACUUGAUGAGCGAGCAAACAACCAAGGGAAGUGACAGCGGUGCAGAGAGAGAAGACACAAGAAGUCACACUGUGAUCAACCCCUGUGCUACUGUGAGUGGACGGGUGGCAACCGCAACUGCUGCUUCAACAUCAUCAACGUCAACUUCUGUGAGAGAUCCAACCAAGGCUGUAACUCCGAAGAAGCGACAUCUUCUUAAGUCACCGGACCCUGUAGUGCCUGAAGAGAUUGUUCAAAUCAAGUCCAGCGAUUCGCCUUUGACCGUUGAUCAGAAAACAGCAGACAGUGCAGCGGCGGAAUCUUCUGUUACGCACAAAAAGCACGACGCAAUAACCCGCAAGAAGAACCGCUUGGAAGGAUUGGUAUCAAAAAUUCAACCAACGGCAACGGUUACUGCCAUUCUUGCAGAUAAUAACAUUCUGGCGGCUGCAAGCCACCGCGCUACGCCGCCAUCUCGUCCAUCUGUGAUCCAUUCGUCAGCUUCCACUACAACUACUACAGCAUCGGCAACGGCGUCGUCUUCUAACGUAAAUGCACCCCCACCUGGCGUCUUCGAACCGACCGUUGAUUUAGAACUUUCGAUACCUGCAUCAAUCCCCUCAUUGAUAGCCAAAGUUGAACUACUCGAUUCUCCACGACUCAAGGACAACAUCGCAAAGAUGGAAGGUGACGAUACUGGAAAAAAGAAUUCCGAGAAGGUUAUCGAGAAAUUGCUCACGAAGACAGGAGCACAUUUGUUGCUGAAAAAGAAGCGAAAGAAACCUAACCGGACCGGUUUCCCAACCGUCAAGCGGAAGAAGAAGAGGCUUAUUGAAGAUAAGCCUUCCGAGGAGGAAAACAAACCUGAAGUGGGUCCUGAGCUAUUUGAUUCAUCUAAUCUGACGAAGCAUGUUCCGUCAGAAGCAGAGAAAGCGGCAACAAAAUCCGGUGCUCAAAAAGAACCAUCAAAGAACUGCGAUCGCGUACCGAAAGAGGGCGAGCCGACUGACAGUUUCAUUGAGCGGAAUACAAGGCCUCGAUUAUCCGUAGUUAGUUUGGAACGACUUCAAGGUAAGAUUCCGAUGGGUGGUAGAGAGGUUGUCAGUCCCACAACUCCUCCGGCUACUGGAGCAGGGAGGGGAAGGAAAGCAGCUGCUGUGUCGGUACCUGCGGUAGUUGCACCGACGACUGCCCUAGUGCAACCUGUCCCUAUAGCAAAUAUCGCGGCUCCUGUUGUAGAAUUGCCAUCUACUCCGGCUGCUGUGGAACGAAGACAUUUGCGAGAAAAAUCUAGAGACAAGAGUGAAUUCGAGAAGAAGGAAGAACCGAAACCGAAGGAGAAAAAAUCUCGACAAGAACCGAUCGUACAGGUGAAAAUCAGUAGAAAAGAGGUAAUGGAGAAAAUCGUCAAAAGUAAAGAGAAACCCCCAGAGCCAAUACUGCCACCGGAUGUACCCAAGCCGAUUGAGAAGCCUAUGAAGAGUAUAUUGGAUAAAGAGAACAAGAAGCAAACGGUCGUGCCGGCGAAAAAGAGUAAAUCCACGGUUGAAGAUAUUCCACCUCCAGUCCCGCCACCCGCUCUACCCAUACGUCGUACUCGUAGCAAUUCGAUCGCUUUAGAUCCGGUCGAGCUUCUAAAGAAAAACUUAACUCAAGAGAAAGAAAUUGUGCUCAAGAAUGCCGUCAUCAAAUUGCAGCCCUGUACGAUUAGCAAUGAGGAUUCCGAUUCUUUGGACUCGAUGCCAUUACUGAAACGACUCCAUUCCCGAUCGUUAUCCCGACAGCAGCAGUCCACCACGCCUGACGUUCCCCCCAUCUCGUCACCCAAGACUCCAACCCGCCCAAGAGGUCGUCCGCCAACGGCAUCACCCACGCCUGCUGCUGAAACUCCUCCAAUCCCUGUAACGCCAACUCUCUCAGAACAGUUGAGCAAAUUACGUCGAUCUCGGAUGAGUGUCGUCGAUACAUCGAAGCGCCCUGUAGAGUCAGAACCUCCCGAAACUCCUCGAAUCAAGGAAACUCGUUCGGCUGCUGCAAGAAAAUCCUUCUCGAAGGAACCACCCGUUGUUGAGCUACCGACACCACUUCUUUAUGACAUUCCACCGGUAAAGAUCAUAAUUUCCAAAAAAGAUCAGAAGGCGGUGGCUUCUGCGGUCGCAGUUGAAAGAAAGCUUUCAAAGGAGAAGAGUCCCGUACCUUCAUUCAUAGAAGAAAUGGCUAAGGAUAGGCCCAAGUGUCGCAGCUCAAGUCGAAUUGAUGCCGUGGUGGAUAAAAUUCGUAAAGAGCAGCAGAAAACCGUAGAAGCGGGAGCUAAUGCUGUUCCUCCUGAGCCUUUGCCUGCUCCACCGGUGAAAAUGAAGCGCGGAAAAAGUGAUGAGCUCAAGGUCGAAAUGGAGAAACCGGCCAAGAAACAGAAGAAGCUAGAUGAGGUACCAAUAUCUCAGGAAGUUGUUGUUCCACUGGUUCCGGUGGAUGUUCAGCAGUACGAGAUGCGAGAAUCUGUAACGCAGUUUGCCAACAUCAAGCCUGCUUUAUCAACGGAAGAUUUAGAGCACGAUCCACUGCCGGCAGAGGAGGGACCGCCAGAUUACUUCCGGGAUGAAACUCCCUCACCGCCUGUGGAUGGCAAGAACAAGAAAGUCCCACGCAAAAAGUAUAUUACAGCAGGUCUGUUUUCUGAUUGUUAUAAGGACGAUGGAAAGACAUCCGGUCGCAAUGGACCGAAAGUUCAACCGGAGUCUCUGUUGCCUCCGCCGGCUUACUGUGAACGAUUCCUGCGACGAACACAGCGGGACUUCCAACUACCGUAUGACUUGUGGUGGCUGCAAGAGAACGGCAAGCUCACGUCUAGACACGCAAUCGCUAGCUGGAACUAUCGAAAGAUCCGUACUAAUGUGUACUACGACGUGAAGCCCAACCCGUCCACAGAUCAUCCGCAGUGUAACUGCAAGCCGGAUAGCGGCUGCCAGGAUGAUUGUCUCAAUCGGAUGGUGUACGUGGAAUGCAGUCCCGAAAACUGCCCUUGUGGGGAACGGUGCAAAAACACAAAGAUCCAGCGACAUGAGUACGCUCCGAGCUUGGAACGAUUUAUGACAGAGCAGAAAGGAUGGGGGAUUCGGUCUAAGGAGGGUGUGAACAAAGGGUUGUUCAUUAUGGAAUACCUGGGCGAAGUCGUGACAGAGAAGGAGUUUAAGGAGCGCAUGCGAACUAUCUAUUUGAACGACACUCAUCACUAUUGCCUGAAUCUCACUGGCGGGCUGGUGAUUGACGGACAUCGGAUGGGAAGCGAUUGUAGAUUUGUCAACCAUUCUUGCGCACCAAACUGCGAAAUGCAAAAGUGGUCCGUAAACGGUUUAUUCCGGAUGGCACUGUUCGCAUCUCGAAAUAUUCCACCUUACGAGGAGCUGACGUAUGAUUACAAUUUUUCGCUGUUCAAUCCAUCUGAAGGUCAGCCAUGUAUGUGUGGUACAGAACAGUGCCGCGGAGUAAUAGGAGGUAAGUCUCAGCGUGUAAAGCCCCUCCCGGUCGCUUUGGAGGCAAAGAAACAAGAAUCUACAGUCGUAGCAACAAAUACGACAACUGCUCCUACAGAAAACAGUCCACGAAGUGCAGCACGCUCAAGGAAGAGACAGGCUAAGAAGAAUGCUCCGCUAACUCAACUCAAUGGUCAACCUUUGCCAAACUUUGUACCGCCAUCGACGAAGGAGCGUGCUCUAAUCGUUGAACAUCAUUGCUUCUUGAUGCGCAACCUGAACAAGAUACGGAAGCUGAAGGAUCGCUCACCGGAGCAUUCAUUGCAAACAGGAAACCCUGCUCUGGGAGGAGUCGGCGGCGGUCAAGCUGGUCCGGGUGGAAAACCUUCACUUGCGUCACAGAUAUCGGCGCUACGAUGCCCGAGAAACAUUCGGACACGCGGGUUGGCAUUUGUCGAGGAUGAUCCGGAGUUGGAAAAGGUCGCCCGAAUAGCCGUGGCCUUGAAGGAGAUCUGCAUCGAAAUUGCUAGCUUGAAAGAUGAACGAAGCCAACUUUUCCUGAACCGUUUGGCCCUUCCAUCGAAGAAGAAGGUCCCGUUGUACUAUGAAAGAAUUCCCCGCCCGAUUGACCUGGCGCAAAUUCAAGCCAAUAUUGAACAAGGAUCUUAUAAGCAACCGAAAGCUUUCGAAGAAGAUCUUUUAAUCAUGUUGAGUAAUGCGGUGAAAUAUUUCGGCAUCGGAUCACCAGAAGGCGUGGCUUCGGAGAAGUUGAAGGAACAUUACUACAUCUGUAAGCAGAGACAGGUAGACAGGUUGAUCGCAUACGUUGGUGAGCAGAACGAGUUACUGAGAGGGUUCAUUCCGAAGACGGAACCAGAGCCGGUGGAGCAGAUCAAGGGGCGCGGAAAGUUCAAGAAACAAGAACAGGCGGAAGAUAUCAUUCGGUGCAUUUGUGGACUGUUCAAAGACGAAGGACUGAUGAUUCAAUGCUCCAAAUGCUUGGUUUGGCAGCAUAUAGAAUGUACUAAAGCGGAUCCAGCAGUUGAAAACUACAUGUGCGAAAAGUGCGAGCCAAGGAAGGUGAACUACGAGAUUCCGUUGAACGAAUUUACCGACGAAGGCUUUCAGUACUACAUAUCGUUAAUGCGUGGCAACCUUCAAAUUCGUCAGACAGAUACAGUUUAUGUAUUGAGAGAUAUUCCGAUGUCUCCGGAUCCGAAGAACCCGAAUGCGCCUCAACGGAAGCACACGUAUGAAACCAUCGGAAAGGUUGACUACGCCGAGUGUGAUAUAUUCCGAGUGGAGAGUUUGUGGAAAGAUAAGGAAGGUCGACGAUUCGUCUAUGGUCAUCAUUAUUUGAGGCCGCAUGAGACGUAUCACGAGCCAACGAGGCGAUUCUAUCCGAAUGAAGUAAUGCGCGUUCCGUUGUUCGAGGUGAUUCCAAUAGAGCUGGUGAUGGAACGCUGCUGGGUUCUGGAUCCGACGACUUUCUGCAAAGGACGUCCAGUUGAUAGCUCGGAGCCACACGUUUACAUCUGCGAACUGAGGGUAGACAAAAGUGCACGACUGUUCUCCAAAAUUUCCCGCCAUGCUCACCCGGUGUGCAUGAAAUCGUAUGCAUUCCACAAAUUCGAGCAGAAACUGAAGAUCUCCAAGACCUUUGCGCCUCACGAUCUGGGAUCACUGGCACAUCUGCUCGCUGCUAAAGACAACCGCAAAAAGGCUAAAAAGGAUGACUCGGCGUCCUCUGCAUCCGCGACGCCCACCAGCACAGGAGCCAAGAAGAUGACGCCAAUCAUCCAACUACUGCCGCCUCCUCCGAAGCCUGACAGCCACAGCACCGAUGGAGCUCUAGUACUACCUUCAACAGAGACCCUCGCCGAAAAGCGCAACCGCUUGGAACUGGUGUUGAGUCGCCUGAUGACCAAACUGAACUCCAAUCCGGCAGCCCUUCCGGUGGUCGACAUCAGCUAUCUCCUUACCGGCCGUGGAGCCCGACUACGACGCACCAUUGCCAACGCCACACCCGUCCCGGCCAUUUGAGAGUGGGUCAAGAAGCGCAAAAAGCGCCGGAAAUGGAAACGCUGCUACGACUGAAGCCGGCAAUUACAAGCUGAGCAAUUGUCAUCAUUAUCAUCAUCAUCAUCAUUAUCAUUGUCAUCAUCAAUUGUACAUAGCUGCCUACUUGAGCAUCGAACAGUGGAGAUGCUUUACAUUCAUUUAAAGGUUAUGUUUGUAUAGAUCAUUCUUGGAACAUACUAAGUUAUUUUAUUUAUUUAUGUGACCCAUAAUCGUGGAGGUGAAAAUUUUGUUGCGGACAAAUAAAACCGAAUUGUUUUUGUUUCCCAUUGCUUAUGUUCAUUACUGGAUUGUUUCACUAGUUAAAGUCGUUGAGUUGACACACCCGCAUUAAGUGAUUUUUGUUAAUCAAAGUAUAAGUAGUUGAUAAUACAAUAAAAUAAACAGAUUGACAGCCGCACUUUUCUCAACCACGUCGGUGGUAAUCCGUUUUCAAGUAUUAACUCAAUUGCACCCAAAUUAGGCAAUUCUCACACUUAAUAUGAUACUUUUAAGAAAAAUAAAAGCAAAUACACUGAAGAUAAUCAAGGUUAAACGAGAGAAUUUAUAUGAAAUAUAAUAGUUUUGCGUUCAAAACAGAAUAUGGACUGACAAUAGGGUUUAGGUAAAAAUCGGAUGAAAUUAAUAUAUUUGGAACAGAAAGAGAUCGGAAUUCGUACGGCGGUAGACAUAGGUGAAAAACUACAAUAUUUUUUUACUUCUAGAACGCUAUAAUAGGGUUUUAAAACGGCAAUGAAGAACUGUACUAAAUUCAGCAACUCUUUGAAAUUUAACGCGUAUGCAACUUUAAACUUUCCUUAUUUGAAACACAAUAAAAGAGAUAUAUGUAUGCAUGACACGUUGCAGAAACGCGAAUCACAUAGAUUGUCGAAUAGUAGCCAACUCGAAAUACAAUAUAGAAAAUGAAAAUAACACAGAAAUUUAAU